ACAUGUGCAGCCACUUUUGGCAUCAAGAGCCUAACGAUUACGUGGAUGAACUUGACUGGGUACUGACAUCAGGAGGAACUCCAAGUACAGGGACCGGACCUUCUUCAGACCAUACUAUGCGCACUAAUCGAGGUCACUUCAUCUACGUCGAGUCGUCCACGAUGCACGACGCGGGCGACCGCGCGCAGAUCUCGAGCAGCGUCAUCCGCGGCACCAGCAGCCGCUGCAUGCUGCGCUUCUGGUACCACAUGUACGGAGCGACGACCGGCAGCAUCGUCGUCUACCGCCGCACGUCGUACGCACCAGGGGGCGCUCUCGUGCUGCUGAGCAUCGUUGGCGAGCAGGGCGACUUCUGGCAUCGCGCCGAGCUCGAGGCGAGCGACCCGAACAGCGAUGCCGACUUUGAGGUCGUCAUAGAGGGCGCCGUCGGUCUGUCCUACCACAGCGACAUCGCGCUCGACGACCUCUCGAUGACCCCGGAGUGCGUGGUGUCUGAUAAUCCGCUACCAGGGGGCACGACGGCGGCUAGCACGACCCCCGGCGCAUGCGGAGCAGACAAGUACACGUGCAACAACACGCUCUGCUACUCCGCGGCACAACGCUGCAACUUUGUUGACGAUUGCGGCGACAACUCCGACGAGGAAAUGUGCGGUACGGACUGCGACUUUGAGAACAGUCAGUGCGGCUGGUACAACGCUGCUGACUACGAGAUGAGGUGGCUGCGCAAGAAGGGCUCGACAGGCAGCUCAAGCACCGGCCCGAGCGUAGACCACACGCUCGGCAGCGCCGACGGCUACUACGUCUACAUCGAGACGUCGGGCGCGUAUGUCGACGGCGAGAAGGCGCGCCUGCACUCGGCGAACUACGGCGGCUCGAGCAGCGCGUGCACGAUCAAGUUCUUCUACCACAUGUACGGCAAGACGAUCCGCGACCUCCGUGUGCUCAUCAAGACUGGAGGUGGCCUAUCCUAUGAGAAGAUCUGGGAGGAAUCAGGCAACAAGACUGACAAGUGGCAUGCAGGCGAGGCGACGAUCGGAGCCCAGCGAGAGUUCGCGAUCGUGUUUGAGGCGAUACGCGGUGAGAGCUACACUGGAGACAUCGCCCUUGAUGACAUCACGUUCGAAAACUGCAAACUGGAUGACCCAGGCAAGGAGUGCUAUCCUGAUCAGUUCCCCUGUGAGGAUGGAAGCCAAUGUAUCGAGGACUAUGAGGUCUGCAAUGAGGAGAUCAACUGUUCUGACCAGUCUGAUGAGAAGAACUGCCCAUGGAGACAAGGAAACUGCGAUUUUGAUGCGGACCACUGGGAGAAGGAAUGCAACUACAAAAACAUGGAUGGUGCCAAUUUUAAGUGGGAAGCAGAAACCAAGUCUCCGCUGCCUGACAGUGGACCUGCACGUGAUCACACCCGUGGUGGCACUGGAAAGUUCCUGUACAUCAACAGUCCCAAGCAUUGGCCAGGAGACAUCGCGCAACUACUCACCCCAUCCUUCCCGCAGAGCACGUUAGAAUGCACCCUCAAGUUCUGGUACCACAUGUACGGCUCAGAUGGCCUGGGCACUCUCAAUGUUUACACAGAAGACAAGAAUGGACAGAGGGCGCUGAUGUGGAAAGCAACUGGUAACCAAGGCAACGAGUGGCAGUAUGCUCACAUCGUGAUUGGCCACAACAGUGAUUACUUUGUCGUGUUCGAGGCAACGCGAGGAGAUGGCGACAGAACCAUCAUAGCUCUCGAUGAUAUAAUAUUCUCGGAACCCUGUCUGGAACCAGGAGGCGUCACCGAGCCUCCGUCGCCAUGCAAGUACGAUCAGUUCCACUGCGUCGUCUCCGGAGAGUGCAUACCGUACACAUGGGUGUGUGAUGGCGACCUUGAUUGUGCAGAUGGCACGGAUGAAGUUCACUGUAACCACACAGCCAUACCGACAGGCACUGCGAAGACAACGCCGUGGGUGACAGACUAUCCUGGAGAGCCACUACAACAGGGAGACUGCGAGGACAACUACCUUCAGUGUAAUGACGGAACAUGCAUCGCUUACAUCUAUGAGUGUGAUGGCAAUCCAGAUUGCAAGCAUAGCGAGGAUGAAUUGCAAUACUGCCCAUAUCACACCUGCGACGAUGGAUACUACUUUUGUCGAGACUCGAUCAACCACUGCAUUCCUCUGGACGAGCGCUGCAACAAUGACACAAACUGCUUCACUGAUACCUCGGAUGAGAUGUUCUGCUCUGAAUGCAUGGCCGAUUUCUGCAAGAACAGCGGUAAUUGCACCGUUAGCGGACACGGUCCGAUUUGCUCGUGCCCACCAGAAGUUGGUGGAAACAGGUGUCAACAUGCAAUUCAUCCGACUGGGGCACCAACACACCAUACCAACUGGCUAGUCGGCGUCAUCAUCACAGGAUCACUGUUGGCCUUGUUGCUUAUCAUAGCAGCCGUCUACUACUUCUUCCGCCGGAAACAGAGAAGAACAACAGCCAAGACGCGGGCCGCCCUAGGUCAUGUAGACUUGAACCCUGUUUAUGAUGGCUUCGGGGAAUCACAGAUGUGUGAUUUCGGUAAUGACGAUAUAGUAAAUAUUGACACGGAGAAUUUGACUACGAUGAAGUGGAGCAAAGCAAAGCUAGAUCUGGCAAAACCUGAUGACACUGCAACUCCUGGUGCUCUAGGCAUUGACAAUCCAUUGUAUGAAGAAGACAACUCAACAUCCAGCAAGGCAUAAGGAAUAGUUAUAUCGUAGUUGAACUCAAGGCAUCACACACUCUCAAUUUCCCAUUAAUUUAAACGUAAAAUGGAGCGUUGCACACAGUAAAUUAGGCUUGUUGUCCGUUUAGAUUUAGAUUGACUCCCCAUACUAUUAUUCACAUGUAACAUGCAUUACGUGUAAAUAUGGGUAAUUAAUAAGGAAACUUAUAUGAAGUUCAAGAAGAUAGUUUAAUGCUUUAAUGGACCGUUUCGUUCAAUAUAUAUAAAUAUAUAUAUAGUAAACUGUUGCAGUGUGCUAGAUGCUAAAGUUCAGGUGAAGAUCACACAUCACAAAUUAAAUAUUGCGCGUUAUUAUAUGUAAUGUGUAUAAUAUGAUAUGUGAUUAUAUAGGAUUUACACGUUUACGAAUAUCCAUGUAUAUCUUUAGAUAACUAAAAUAAUGAAACCUAGCUUCCAAAGUUAUUAAUCGAUUGUUAUAUUAAUGCGAUAUAUAUUAGUUACAUUAUAUAAAUGUUUUGUUGAAAAUUAUAUUAGUAUUAAAAACUGUUAACUAUCGGAUAACCUGUACGAUGGACAACUGAAAUCUAAACUGUGAUUUUUAUGCAAAUCAAAAGAUAUAUUAAAUUCUGUUUAUAGAAUAACUGACCAUAUUGUCUGUACGUUGAUAAACGUAAUAAAUUUUAAAUGUUAUU